GCAAAUAGAGUAAAGAAUGAGAGAAAUAAAGGAGACAAACAUGGAGGCUCAGCCAGGAGUUGACCUUUACCAGUUGGGAGCCUGAGAGCUGAGAGAGAAACAAGUGAAAUAAACCUCUCAGAUUCAGAUUGGUUCCAUUUGGAUUUAGGGUUUUCUUUCUUCUUCUUCCCCAGAAGAAAGAAGAAAGAAGAUGAUGUUAAUGGUGUGGGAAGGAUAAUCAAACAAGCAAACAAAUCCCAAAACCGAGACAAUGGGGUGGAGGAAAAGCCGGUCAGCCAUGGCGGCACGGCACCACAUAUUGAAACCAGUUGGUCAAAACACUCUCUUCUUCUGCUAUUGUGUCUCUCUAAAUUGGGCUCCACAAAGAUGAAUUGCAGCGUUCAGUAACCAAACAGAGGUAUUUAUGUCUCAAAGAAAAGCACUUGCUUAUUAGCUAUGGAAAUUGAGAGAGCAACAACUGGAUUACUGGUUUGCAAAUACUCGUCGUGAAGAUCAGUCUUCUUCUGAGCCAUCUUUAGCACAUAGUAGUAAUCUUUACAAACCCUCCUUGAGUUUCAAGGAUGAGGGCUACUUCAGAAUCAGCAGAGUGGAUAUUUUUAGCCACUAACCUUGGCCUAGAGAUCUUGUCAGCUGCUUGUGAUCAGGCUUCCUCCCCAAGAAGACCCCACUAUGCACUAUUUGGGAUGCUGUUGGCUAUUGCAGCUCUGCUCAUUUCCAUUGGGGAGCUAAUUUACAGAGGUAAAAAGGAAAGAGUUGUGUUCAGGAGCCGGGGAAUGCUCAUGUGGUUUUAUCAUCCGCCAAUUCCUCCAUAUACGCCUUUUGGUACUCUUCCUGACAUUUAUGGACUAGUUGCUGGCAUCUCACAGUGCAUUUGCUCUAUAGUUCAGUAUGUUUACUGCCUUCGGCAUGCUGAUAAUCCUUUCAAAGCAUCCCUUUUGCCUGCCAUAUUUCUUGUGUGUUUAGGUGGUUCAAAACUAAGUAAUAACCGAAUGAACGCCAAUACCACUGAUAUAGAGGACUCCUGGGAAAAUUCUUCAAGCACGGAAGAAACUUCGUUGCAUCCAAUCCCGGAGUAUUAUGCACCUGCAAAUAUACCAUUUCUCUAUAAUCAGGAGGUAGAGGUUGAGGUCAACAUAGAGCAGCAGGAGCAAAGGCGGCAGCUGCGGCCGAUGCAGGAGCAUGUGCGGCGGCGACUGCUACAACCGGUGCAGGAGCAGGACAAGCGGAUGCUAGGCUUGGGGCUCUUGGGAUCUUGGGAAGUCUAAUAAAGACACCUAGAGUAAUUACCCAUUUUAUCGCGGUUGAGCUAGAAAAAGGACGUAGCGGGAAUUUGCAGAUUUGUCGUCCGAGCUCCGAUUAGGAUGCAAAAUACCAUUUCGGAAAGGGAAUGACGCCAUGAGUUAAACUUACUGCAGUACUGUAAGGUAUGAUGGAUUUUUGCAUCCUGAGGUCGUUUGGCCUUCCAAAACUGCAUUCAAAGUUUCGUAGUUAAUUUUCGGAAUAAAUUCUGUUUUUCAGUUUUAAUGUAAUAACUCCCUUAGCAGCUCAAGGGUUGAGAGAUGUGUAUUUAGACAGAUUUGGUGAACGUUUUUUCGGCAUCUCAGAUUUUAAUAAAA